AUGGCUUACAACGGCGCCAACUCGCCUGGGGCCAAAGAAUACGAUGAUGCCCAUCGUCUUCAGGAUCUGGGACACCCCAACACCUCUUAUGAAGAAGAAGCCUCAAGGGGAUUGUUAUCUAACCAGCAAAGCCCUUUCGCCGGCCCCUUCGAUGACCCCCAUCAGCGUGGCCUGACGGCUUCGCCAGUUCAAAGACCGACCUCUGGAUACAGUUUGACAGAGUCUUACGCUCCAGAUGCCGGUUACCAUGAUCCAUACGGUGGUAAUGGAUCGGUCUACUCGGGCCAGUCAGAGAACCCUGCGGCCGCUUUUGGCGUUCCGGGACGUGUAGCUUCGCCCUACGCUCGGAGCGAAACUUCCUCUACAGAAGCCUGGCGGCAACGACAGGCGCCUGGCCCUGGCGGCGGCGGCGGCGGUGGCGGACUUCGUCGCUAUGCUACCAGAAAGGUUAAGCUAGUUCAGGGUUCCGUCCUGAGUGUGGACUACCCUGUUCCUAGCGCCAUUCAGAAUGCUAUUCAGGCCAAGUAUCGGAAUGAUCUGGAGGGUGGAAGUGAAGAAUUCACGCAUAUGCGAUACACUGCCGCGACUUGCGAUCCCAACGAAUUUACACUCCACAACGGUUAUAACCUUCGUCCGGCGAUGUACAACAGACAUACAGAGUUGCUGAUCGCCAUCACCUAUUAUAACGAAGAUAAGACGCUUACUGCGCGUACACUGCAUGGUGUUAUGCAAAAUAUUCGCGAUAUUGUCAAUCUCAAGAAAUCAGAAUUCUGGAACAAAGGUGGCCCUGCCUGGCAGAAGAUUGUUGUCUGUCUUGUUUUCGAUGGUAUCGACCCUUGUGACAAAGACACCUUGGAUGUCUUGGCCACGGUUGGUAUAUACCAGGAUGGUGUCAUGAAACGUGACGUUGAUGGAAAGGAAACCGUUGCUCAUAUUUUUGAGUACACCACCCAGCUCUCUGUCACCCCGAACCAGCAGCUCAUCCGACCCACGGACGAUGGCCCUAGCACUCUUCCUCCUGUGCAAAUGAUGUUCUGUCUCAAGCAAAAGAACAGCAAGAAGAUCAACUCUCACAGAUGGCUUUUCAAUGCCUUCGGCCGUAUUCUGAACCCUGAAGUUUGCAUUUUGCUCGAUGCUGGUACGAAGCCUGGCCACAAGUCUUUGCUCUACCUCUGGGAAGCUUUCUAUAACGACAAGGAUCUUGGAGGUGCAUGUGGUGAAAUUCACGCUAUGUUGGGUAAGGGAUGGAAGAAACUCCUGAACCCCUUAGUUGCCGCACAGAACUUCGAGUAUAAGAUCAGUAACAUUCUUGAUAAGCCUUUGGAGAGUUCUUUUGGCUAUGUCAGUGUGUUGCCUGGUGCAUUCUCGGCAUAUCGAUUCCGCGCAAUCAUGGGUCGUCCUCUUGAACAGUAUUUCCAUGGUGAUCACACUCUUUCCAAACAGCUGGGUAAGAAGGGUAUUGAGGGCAUGAACAUCUUCAAGAAGAACAUGUUCUUGGCUGAGGAUCGUAUCCUGUGUUUCGAACUGGUGGCCAAAGCGGGUUCCAAAUGGCACUUGUCGUAUGUCAAGGCGUCCAAGGGUGAAACUGAUGUACCCGAAGGUGCGCCCGAGUUCAUCUCCCAGCGUCGUCGUUGGUUGAACGGUUCUUUUGCUGCCGGUAUCUAUUCGCUCAUGCACUUCGGACGUAUGUACAAGAGUGGACACAACAUCAUUCGAAUGUUCUUCCUCCAUCUUCAAAUGUUGUACAAUUGGUUCUCAACUUUCUUGACCUGGUUUUCUCUCGCAUCUUACUGGCUUACAACUACUGUCAUUAUGGACUUGGUCGGAACUCCCAGCUCGAGCAACGGUGACACUGCUUUCCCAUUCGGUUACACUGCAACUCCUAUCAUCAACACUUUGGUGAAAUACAUCUACCUCGCGUUCCUCCUGCUGCAGUUUAUUCUCGCGCUUGGAAACCGACCGAAGGGAUCCAAGUUGUCAUACCUUGCAUCGUUUAUUGUCUUUGGUAUCAUCCAGCUUUACGUUGUCGUUGACGCGCUCUACCUCGUGGUACGCGCGUUUAGUAAUAGCGAUACCAUGUCCUUUGACACCACUCACGGCGUUAGCGCUUUCCUGAGCUCGUUCUUCGGAUCCAGCGGUGCUGGUAUUAUUAUUAUUGCUCUUGCUGCUACAUUCGGUCUCUACUUCGUUGCGUCGUUCAUGUACUUGGACCCGUGGCACAUGUUCACGUCUUUCCCCGCGUACAUGGCUGUCCAGUCGUCGUACAUCAAUAUCCUGAACGUUUACGCCUUCAGCAAUUGGCACGAUGUGUCCUGGGGUACUAAAGGUUCCGAUAAAGCGGAUGCGCUCCCCUCCGCGAAGACCUCUGGAGGCAAGGAGGCGGUUAUUGAGGAAAUCGACAAGCCUCAGGCUGAUAUUGACAGUCAAUUCGAGUCCACAGUCAAGCGGGCCCUGACUCCUUAUGUGGCACCGGUGGAGAAGGAAGAAAAAUCCCUGGAUGACUCAUACAAGAGUUUCCGUACUCGGCUGGUCACUCUCUGGCUCUUUAGUAACGGUCUGAUGGCCGUCUGCAUUACCAGCGAAAGUGUGAACAAGUUCGGAUUUACGAACGUAUCAACCGAACGUACCGCACGUUUCUUCCAGGCCCUUCUGUGGUCUAAUGCUGUUAUUGCUCUCGUUCGUUUUAUUGGAGCCACUUGGUUCCUUGGAAAGACGGGUCUUCUCUGCUGCUUUGCCCGCCGGUAG